AUGAAGAACUCACGAAUGCACACGGCCCUCCUUUGGGUGCCUCUUGCUGCAGCAGGAGCUCUCUCUCUCUUGUCAGCAGCAGCUUCUGCUGCCUCACCACCCAGAUGCACAUGCUGCUCCCCAUAUAAAUCAAGCCGCCACUUCACUAAACCGCAGCAAACCCCCUCAAGCUCGUAUCUCUCUCUUCCUGCUGCUGUCUCCUUAAGAGGGAAAACCGAAGAAGUUCGCCCUUCGACGCCCCCUAGAUCAUUUGGGGUGUCUCUGCGGGCACCUCCAGCAACAGCAGAACCGGCAGCAGCGGCAGCGGCAGCGGCAGCAGCAGUAGCAGCAGCAGCGAGGUCGAAGCAGCAGGGGAGGUGGAACGCCUCUAGUAGUGGCUUCUCAAGGAGAUGGGGGGCGAACACAGACAAUGGCGGUGCUGCUGCUGCAGCAAGAUAUAGCGCAACUGCCAGCAGCAGCAGCAGCAACAGCAGCAGCAGCAGCAGCAACGACAGCGAUGAGUCCUCAACUCCGACAGAAACUGAAGAGACCUCGAGGACAGACACCGGAACAGAAACCACCACCACCCAAUGGGGCGCAUACACUCCAAGACGUGGAGCAGCAGCAGCAGCAGCAGCAGCAAAGCCAGCAACAGCACGAACAGCAGCAGCAGCAACUGCAGCAGGACCAGCGGCAGCACCUAGGAUCUUCCCGCUGCGUCUACUGAGUCGACGGACGCUCUCUGCUGCUGCUGCUGCUGCUGCUGCAAGGGGCUCCGCACGUAAACGAGCACCAAGAACAAAAACUGCAGCACCAGCAGGAGCAGCACCAUCGGCAAGACCAGCAGCACCUGUAGCAGCAAGACCAGCAGCACCAGCAGCACCAGCAGUGUCAGUAGCACCAGCAGCAGCACCAGCACCAGCAGCAGCAGCAGCAGCACCAGCAGUACCAGCAGAGUCAGCAGCAGCAGCACCAGCAGCAGCAGCUGCUGCUGCUGCAGCAGCACCAGCAGCACCAGCAGCAUCAGGACUCGCAGCUUGGCUCCCUUAUGAUCCUACAGCAUAUGAUGCGCCGUGCGCCCGACUCUCAGCAGGUGGAGUUUCUUCUGCAGAUGCUGCUGCAGAUGCAGAUGCUGCUGCAGAUGUUGCUGCUGUUGCAGAUACUGCCGCUGCUGCAGUUACUGCUGCUGCUGUAAAUACAGCUGCUGCUGCGGUAAAUACAGCUGCUGCUGCGGUAAAUACUGCUGAUGCUGCAGAUGCUGCUGCAGAUGCUGCUGCAGAUGCUGUGGAUGCUGUACCAGAUGCUGCUGCACCUGUCGGCACGCAAGAAGCAGCAGCAGCAGCAGCAGCAGCAGCAGCAGCAGCAGCAGCAGCAGCAGAAGCAGCACCAUCUGCUGCUAACGAGUUGAUGCGUUUGUUUGGUUUGGUAUCUGCACUGGAGAAGCACUUAGCCCCAAUGCUGCAGCAGCAUCCCUCCCUGCUUCGCCAUUUGCGAGUUAGCUCAGCAGCAGCAGCAGCAGCAGCAGCGGCAGCAGCAGCAACAGCAGGUCGUGACAAGCCCUUGGUGCAGAUACACACAGAGGUAGAAAAAGAAGCAGCAGAAGAAGAGCUAACUGCAGCAGCAGCAGCAAACCGCAGCAGCAACCAACAACGCCAUCCUGCGUCAUUCAACGUGAGAAAAAGCAGCAGCAACAACAGAAGCAGCAACAACAGAAGCAGCAGCAACAGGAGCAGCACCAACAGAAGCAGCAGCAGCAGCAACAGAAGCAGCAGCAGCAACAAUACCAACAGCAGCAGGAGCAACGGAAACAAACCCAAAAACGGCAGCGGUGGCGGCAGCGGUGGCGGCAGCAGCAGCAGCAGCAGCAGCAGCAAGUUGCUGGGGCUGUUUGAAGCGGUUUGGGGGGCGGUGAGGGGUUUUGUAAGGGGCAUCGUAGAGACAGCUAAGACGACGGAAGAGACAUUAAUAAGUUAA